AUGUCCAGCAACGGCAAGACACCCAUGCGACCCCGCAAGGCCCUUGUGGUCGGCGGCGGCCCAGUUGGAGCCCUCACCGCAGCAAGCUUGCACAAGCGCGGCUGGGAGGUCGAGCUCUGGGAGUCACGCGACGACCCCCGCGGACGUUCCAUUGCAAUGACCAACCUCCGUUCAAUUAACCUGAACAUUUCGGCGCGUGGCCUUGGGGCCCUCGAGAGCGUCGACCCCAAGCUCGGCCAGCUGCUGCUGGACGAGUCUAUUGAGAUGCCCAGCCGCCUCAUCCAUUUUGUCGACGGCAGGACCGAGGCACAACUAUAUGAUCCCCUCCGCGGUAACUGUUCGAACAGUAUCUCCCGCUCCGUGCUCAACCAGCGCCUCAUUGAGGCUUUACCCGAGACCAUCGACACCAAGUUCAACACCAAGCUCACCCGCGUCGAUUUCCACAGUCAGACUGCGUACGGUAUUGCGACGUCUAGGGGCCACGGCCUUGGGGAGGAAGGAGACGUUUCGGAGACGUCGACACCAAACCGUUCGGCAGAGGUCGUCAGCCAGUUUGACCUCAUUGUUGGAGCCGACGGCUCGUGGUCGAGAGUUCGCGAGCAGAUGAUGAGGCAUCAGCGCGUCGACUUUGCCCAGACGUUUAUCCCUCACGCAUACAUUGAGCUGCACAUGCCGCCUGACCCCACCAAGCCUGGAGGCUUUGCUAUGCCGCCUAACCACUUGCACAUCUGGCCCAGGCAGUCGUUCAUGCUCAUCGCCUUGCCAAACACUGAUGGCUCGUUCACCCUCACCCUCUUUAUCCCUUUCAAAGAGCUGGACAAGGUGCGCACCCGCGACGAAGCGACCGCCUUCUUCAACAAGCACUUCCCCUCGGCCGUCGCAGUGGUUGGCGACCGACUCGUGGACGACUUCAUGGCCAACCCUCGCGGCAACCUCGUCACUAUUAGCGUCGACCCGAGCACCUACUCGUCCCACGCGGUGCUUCUCGGUGAUGCUUGCCACAGCAUGGUCCCGUUCUACGGCCAGGGUCUCAACUGUGGUCUCGAAGAUGUGCGCGUCCUCGGCACGUAUCUCGACAACUAUGGCAUUUCGGGCUCGACCGACACGGCAUUGGGCGAGAAGGACCACGAGCUCGCUACCGCCUUGACGGCGUACUCGACUGAACGUGCCGCCGAUCUCAAGGCGAUCUGCGAGCUGGCCAUGAACAACUACGUCGAGAUGCGCUCGUCGGUUCUGUCGCCCUUGUACCACCUCCGCCGCGGCGUCGACUACAUCCUCACCCGCAUCUGGGGAUCCAUUCCCCAACCAUUGUCCCCUUACAUUGCCUUCCCCACAACCCACGUCAGGGGCUGGACAGCAAUGUACGACAUGGUCACCUUCCGUCCUGAUAUCAGCUACGCCGAGGCCCAGCGCCAGGAGCAGUGGCAGAAGAGGAUGGUGCAAAACAGCGCCGUGGUCGGCGCAGCGGCCAUUGCCGGUGCAGUCGGUAUCUUUGCCCUCAAGGCUGCCCAGCCUUGGCUCCAGCGCAGGUAG